UAAAGGAAAGCCACAUACGCUCUCUUCUUCUCGCACAUUCCUAUACUCUUUCCCUUCUUCUUCUUCGUGGUCCCCUUUACCCUAACUUUUUCAAAAAUUCCAUUUUUACCCUUCUCUUCUUCUCUCCUUUGUUUUUCUUUUCGUUGUUGUUGUUGUCUUCUGGAACUUCCCGAUCUGUCUCUCUUCAUCUCUCCUCUCUCUCUCUCUCUUUCUUAUCAAUACGUCUCUCCCAGAACAUUCUAGAACUUCUCAACAUAAAUCACACACAAUCUCUCUCUCUCUCUCUCUAAGCUUCGUGAUCAUCGUGGGUUCUGUCUGGGAUUGUGACAAUCUCUUUUUGUUUGGUUGGUGGAGAGAAAAAAGAUUGCGUCAAGAGAAAGAAGUUUCUUUUUGGAUUUGGUUUCUAAUGGGUUUUGUGAAAGACGUUUCCUUUCCUCAUCUGUGUCUAUAGUUUCAUCUUUUUGGAUCUUUAUGAUUCCAAGCUUACAACAUUUUUGGAUUUGGUUUUCUUUAGCUCAUUUCCUAUAUUGGCAAUCUUAAUUUCGGGUAUUGGGAUUGUUAAAGCUGAGAUUUUUAUUGGGUGUGUGUUUGGGAUCUAAUAACUCAUGCCGGGGGAACAAACCGGAGAAAGUCCGACUGUAGCCGGAGUUGGCGGCGGUGGAGCGGGUUGUAGCGCUGGGAAUAGUGGUGGAAGUAGUGGAUGUGGUGCCGGCGGUGGUGGUAGUGGCGGCGGCGGUGGGGGUGGGGGUGGAGGAGAUUCGCAGAGGUCGAUUCCGACGCCUUUUUUGACGAAAACGUAUCAGCUUGUGGAUGAUCCUGUUUACGACGAAUUGAUUUCGUGGAACGAUGAUGGAACCACUUUUAUUGUGUGGCGACCAGCUGAAUUCGCAAGAGAUCUUCUUCCCAAGUAUUUCAAACAUAACAAUUUCUCAAGUUUUGUUCGUCAGCUCAAUACUUACGGAUUUCGAAAAGUUGUUCCAGAUCGUUGGGAGUUUUCUAAUGAUUGUUUUAAGAGAGGUGAGAAGAUUCUGCUCCGGGAUAUUCAACGGCGGAAAAUCUCUCAGCCUGCUAUGGCUGCCGCAGCUGCAGCGGCUGCGGCUGCAGUAGCGGCUUCAGCUGUUACUGUUGCAGCGGCUCCUGUUGUAGCUCACGCUGUUUCUCCGUCCAACUCUGGAGAAGAGCAGGUGAUAUCGUCUAAUUCUUCGCCUGCGGCUGCGGCUGCUGCUACAGGAGUGGUUGGUGUUGGUCUGCAGAGGACAACUAGCUGUACUACUGCGCCGGAGCUGGUUGAGGAGAACGAGAGGUUGAGGAAAGAGAAUAGGCAGUUGAGUCAAGAGUUGACAAAGCUAAAAGGCUUGUAUGCUAAUAUCUAUACAUUAAUGGCGAAUUUCACACCUGGUCAAGCAGAUUGUGCGAAUUUGUUACCAGAAGGGAGACCACUGGAUCUUUUGCCGGAGAAACAAGGGAUGACUGAAGACAUUGGGAUAGAUACAGGGAUUGGUCUAAAGCUUGAUGAAGAUUUGACUCCGAGGUUGUUUGGGGUUUCCAUUGGGGUUAAACGAGCUAGAAGAGAGGAAGAGUUGGGUGUUGAAGAGGAAGAGGAUGACGACAGACAAGAAGCAGUUACCAGAGAGGGAGAACAAAGUUCUGAUCUAAAAGCAGAGCCCAUGGAGGAGAAUAACUCCAGUAACCAUGAUGGGCCAUGGCUUGAACUCGGAAAAUGAAAACGGUUUUCAGGUCACAGGCUUUGUUGUAUCUGCAGGAAAUUAACUGAUACCAUUGAAAAGGUAAAUCAUUAAGCUGCCCCGGGAGGAAAAUGGGACGAUGUUCCGUUAUAAAAACAA